UGGUGACCACGCCCCCAGGCCCAGCUUGGUGGGGACUAUGAAAGCGGCUAAAGGGCUGCUCAGUCCGGGUGAGCAGUGGUUGGUUCCCUUGAGGCGCUCGUGCGGCCUGUUCUGCGGUCCUGCUGGGGAGGACUCGAACCCGGUUCGGAACUAAUAGGAAGACGUGAUUUCCAAAGCCAAUUAUGAAAACAUUUGUCAUUGGAAUUGGUGGAGUGACAAACGGCGGGAAGACAACGCUGGCUAAGAAGUUGCAGAAACACCUUCCCAAUUGCAGCCUAAUAUCUCAGGACGACUUUUUCAAGCCAGAGUCUGAGAUAGACACAGAUGAGAAUGGAUUUUUGCAGUAUGAUGAAAAAGCAGCAAGAAACCUACAACCAAAGGACCACUACAAGGUGCUUGAAGCGCUUAACAUGGAAAAAAUGAUGUCAGCUGUUUCGCGGUGGAUGGAAAACCCAGGGCGCUCAGAGGGACCAAGAGCUUUGGAAAGCGCUCAAGGGGUUCCCAUUUUAAUCAUUGAGGGGUUCCUUCUCUUUAAUUAUAAGCCGCUGGACACCAUAUGGAACAGAAGUUACUUCCUGACCGUACCCUAUGAAGAGUGUAAGAGGAGGCGGAGUACAAGGAUCUAUGAGCCUCCUGACCCUCCAGGGUACUUUGAUGGUCACGUGUGGCCCAUGUACCUAAAGCACAGACAAGAAAUGAACACCAUCACGUGGGAGAUCGUUUACCUAGAUGGAACAAGAUCUGAAGAGGACCUCUUUUCUCAAGUGUAUGAAGAUGUCAAGCAAGAAUUAAAGAAGCAAAAUGGUUUGUGAGUAACAGCACAAAGAUGGAAUGCAGCAAGUCCUCCUGGGAUGGAUUAAGAAACUUGAAGGACAGUAAACCCCACCUUGGGCAAAAAAAAAACACGAAGGGAUGUGUUGAAGAACAUUAGCUGGGAUGCAGUCUGUCCUGCAGGACAGUGACGGCUCUCUUGUGUCUUUGUUCAUUUUUAUCACACUUUUCACAAUCUGUAGAGCAUUGUGUGCCCAUGCCAUUGAACAGGAACCUCUCACGAAUGCAAGAAUGGCUUGCCCUCACUCUGCAGAAGGCACAGCACAGUUCAUGCACAAAGGUUCAUGUUCCUCUAUAAGAAUAGAGGUCAGGUUUUCCUGACUAGGACCUAGCAUGAGAGAAAGAUUUCUGGCUAGUCCACCAGUAUUAUGUUUUGUGUUUCUGCCUUUGUGUGUAUAGUUGUUGUGUCCACGUUAUUUUGUAUAUUUCUGUUGUAUACACACACUCAAACACUGUGAAAGGAACCUUGUAUACUACACAGCAUUUUUUUGUGUUUGUAUUGCUUAUAAUAUAUAAUUUGAAAAAUGCUGCUGUCUGCAAUCUCAUAGCAAUGCCCCUCACCUGCAGUCAGCAGCAUUACCCAAAAUAUUGUUCUGACAUUGACUGAGUCAUGUCUGCAGCAUCUGGAGACUGUGCUUUGUAGCGCUUGACCAAUGCCAGCGUGUCUCUGUGAAGAGACUUUUAUAUCCAUAGAAGGAUUCAGUAUGUUUUACUUGGUUUUCUGAAAAUAGCACUCUGAAUUACAAAAUCAUAUAGUUUUCUUCAAUCAUAUGUAAAACCAGGGCCUUUCUCUGAAAGACACAGGCAGGGGAUAGAAAUUGUGUAAUUUCUUAAUGCCUUUUAAUGCUGGGAUUAAAAUUAUGUAUAUAUGUAGAGCAGUCCUAAUUCAGACAUAAAAUUUGUUUAUUAAUAAUAAAAUAGAUUGCCCACAA